AUGUCGAGCUCGCCCGAGUUUGCCAAUGGCACCGAGUCGCCACCGGCAGACAAUAGCAUCGAUGUCGACCCCGUGGCCAACGAUGCUCAAAGCGAUAGCGACCUGUCCGAGGUGAACGAGACUGUCGUCAUCGCACAACCGCCCUCGCCAUCGGGAUAUCAUCACGACUCGGACGAGGAUGCGAAUGCCGAUCUACAUACCCCUGAUGUCGCCGAGUCGAGUGCAAAUGAGGAUGUCGAUGCCUCAGAUGACGCUGACUUCGAUGUGGAGAGCCCUGUGCCUUCCAACAGCGAUGGCGGCCAAAGGGACCGAUCUGCCUCCAACGACUCUCGCCGCGCUCCAAAGCGAAAGGUUGCUGCAGUUGAAGAGGAUGAGUAUAUCAUGGCAAAUCCCGAGUUGUAUGGAUUGAGACGAAGCACUCGUCCAACAAAACAGUCCAAGAUUGUUGAUUCCGAUGAUGAUGGAUCUGAUUCUGAUGUCCUUCCCACCAGUCGGCGUGCCACGAAGAAGCGACGCGUGGAACAAAUCUCUCAACAAUCUUCCAAAAGAGGAACGCCUGCACGACAUACUCCUGCCGGCGACUCCGACUCGGAAGACACAUACGGCGGCGCCCGCGCUCGUACUCUGAUGAAGAAGGCGCGGCGCGAAAAAGCUCAGCCUGAGACCGCACAACUUUAUGCUGAGAAGCGAUGGUCGAAUCGCAGAGCUGCCCAACAAGUACAGACUUAUCAAGAGAGCGAUGUGGACGAUGCGGAUGAUUCAGAGCUGACGCCUAACUAUUGGGCUGGCGAAGAAUUGGCUGACGACUCGCCCUACAUCGAGAAAGUUGUCGGGCACCGCGUCAAAGAUGGCGGGGAGCUGAGAUAUGACGCAACGAGAGACGAUUUCGAGUACAACAUCAAGUGGGAAGGCAAAUCGUACUUGCAUAACACGUGGGAUACAAUGGAAGUCCUGCGUGGCUAUCGAGGAGUCCGCAAACUUGAGAACUACCACAGAAAAGUAGUAGAGUACGAGAUUGAUCUUCAAUUUGGCGGAGAUGACAUCCCGCCCGAAACCCGAGAGCAGUACUUGCUUGACAAAGAACGCGAACAAGACGCUUUGGAAGAUUAUACCAAGGUCGAGCGUGUUGUCGCUCAGCGCAGUGGUGAUGAAGGCCGAGAGUACUUUGUCAAGUGGAAGGGAUUAAUGUACGAUUGCUGUACGUGGGAACUGGCAUCAGCGAUCAGCGAGGACGCUCAGGAUAAGAUUGAUCAGUUCCUCGACCGCCAAUCCCGCUCGUGGAUGUCAGACAAGUACGAGUCGAAUCCUGCCACCCGGACGAAGUUCUUGAAGCUGGACAAGCAACCCAGUUACAUCAAAGGAGGUGAACUGCGAAACUUUCAGCUUACUGGGUUGAACUUUCUAUGUCUGAACUGGUGUCGAGCAAACAACGUCAUCCUUGCUGACGAGAUGGGUCUUGGAAAAACGGUUCAGACCGUUGCCUUCCUCAGCUGGCUUCGCAAUGAGCGCAAGCAAGAAGGGCCAUUCUUAGUCGUCGCUCCCCUAAGUGUUAUUCCCGCAUGGUGCGAUACCUUCAACUUGUGGUCUCCUGACCUCAACUAUGUUGUCUACCUUGGAAACUCGGAUGCGCGAAACACCAUACGUGAGCACGAGCUGAUAUCUAACGGGAAUGCUAAGAAGACCAGGUUCAAUGUCCUGGUCACAUCAUACGAGUACAUCUUGCAAGACGCAGAUUUCCUGCGCAGCCUGAAGUGGCAAGCUUUGGCGGUUGAUGAAGCCCAUCGGCUCAAAAAUAAGGAGUCGAAGUUGUACUCGGAGCUCGUGAGUUUUGGUGCACCCUCGAGACUUCUCAUCACGGGCACUCCGAUCCAGAAUAACCUGGCUGAGCUGUCUUCCCUCCUGGAUUUCCUGAACCCUGGAAAGGUUUACAUUGACGAAGAUCUUGAGACUUUGGCCAGUGUUGAUGCUCAAGCCAAACUUCAAGCCUUACAUGCUUCCAUCGCCCCCUUCAUCCUACGGCGAACCAAGGAGACAGUUGAAUCGGAUCUUCCCCCCAAGACUGAGAAGAUCAUUCGCGUCGAGCUAUCGGACGUUCAACUGGAGUGGUAUAAGAACAUCCUAACGCGGAACUAUGCGGCGUUGAACCAGGGCAACAAUGGUCAAAAACAGUCGCUGCUGAAUAUUGUGAUGGAGUUGAAGAAAGUCAGCAAUCACCCUUACAUGUUCGCCGGAGUCGAGGAUAAAGUUCUCGCAGGAAGUGAACGUCGAGAGGACCAGAUCAAGGGGCUCAUUGCUAGCAGUGGAAAGAUGAUGCUCAUUGACCAACUGCUCACCAAGUUGAAGAAGGAUAAUCAUCGUGUCCUCAUCUUCAGUCAGAUGGUCAGGAUGUUGGAUAUUCUCGGAGACUAUCUCCGUCUUCGUGGCUAUCAGUUCCAACGCCUGGAUGGAACCAUCGGCGCUGGUCCUCGUCGUCUUGCCAUCAACCACUUCAACGCAGAAGAUAGCCAGGACUUCUGUUUCCUGCUAUCCACUCGAGCCGGUGGACUGGGCAUUAACCUGAUGACCGCGGAUACAGUUAUCAUCUUCGACUCUGACUGGAAUCCUCAAGCAGAUCUCCAGGCUAUGGCGCGAGCACACAGAAUCGGCCAAAAGAGACCUGUCAUGGUGUACCGACUGGUCUCCAAGGAGACUAUCGAAGAGGAAGUUCUGGAACGUGCUCGCAAUAAACUCCUCCUUGAAUAUCUCACCAUACAGGCCGGCGUGACGGAUGAUGGUCAGGCCUUCAGAGAGGAGUUCAGGCAGAAGGGUCUCCGGAUAGAUGAAGCCAAGUCAGCUGACGACAUUCAAUGGGUGCUGAAGAUGCGGUCCCAGAAGAUGUUUGAGCAAUCUGGCAACCAAGAGAGGCUGGAACAAUUGGACAUCGAAUCCAUCCUUGAGAAUGCUGAAAUUACCAAGACGCAAGUUUCGGACAAGAUGAACCUCAGCACCGGUGGCAUCGACUGGGAUAAUUUCAUGCAAUACACCGAUGUCAAGGUCGACGAUCUCACGCUCGACUGGGAUCAAAUUAUCCCCGCAGAGGAAUUGGCAGCGAUCAAAGAGCAAGAGGAGAAGAAAAAGAGCGAGGAAUACAUCGCCAAGGUGAUGGAAGAGAGCGCUCCCAGGCGCGCUGCGUUGAAGGGUUCCAAGAGCAAUAAUAUCGACUCGGAAAGGGCGGAGCGCAUGGCGAAGAAGCGGGAGAGAGAGCAACUCAAGCAGGAGCGCCUUGAAGAACAACGUGCAUUGCUUUCUGAUCCCAAGCGGCCACUAAACGAAAAGGAGACGCGAAACCUUAUUAGGGCUUUCAUGCGCUACGGCUUCAUGGAAGAUCGCCCAGAUGAACUCCUGCGCGACGCGCGUCUCAGUGAUCGAGACCAUGACUUCAUCAACGAAGUCUUGAAUGAUCUCAUGCAAACGGGACGUGACGCCGUGGAGAGGAACAACGAUGAAAUUCGUGCCCAGGAACAGCAAACCAAGAAGAAGCUGACAAAGAAGGACAUCAAGGCGGUCAUGUUCGACUUUGGUACGGUCAAGAAGAUCAACGCCGAGACUAUUCUCGAACGUCCGCCCCAACAGCGAUUACUCCGAAAGAUUCUCAAUGAACAGUCCGAUUUCCGCAACUUCAGACUUACCGACGCUACUAAAGCCGCUCACUACAGCUGUGAAUGGGGUGCGAAGGAAGAUGCCAUGCUUCUCGUCGGCAUAGAUCGAUACGGAUUCGGUGCAUGGACUCAAAUUCGCGACGAUCGAGAGUUGGGCAUGCAGGACAAGUUCUUCUUGGAGGAGCAUCGCAUUGAAAAGAAGCAAGAGCGCGAGCACGGCGAAACCAAGGGUGCCAAAGCCCCCGGUGCUGUCCACCUGGUCCGUCGUUCCGAGUAUCUACUCUCGGUGCUUACUGCAGUUUAUUCUGAUGAUGCUGAAGCCAAGAGGGAAGUGCAGAACCACCAUCGGAAUAAUAAGAAAUCUGCUUUGAAUGGCCAUAGACGCCCUGAUAAGGUCAGCGCGUCUGCUUCGCCAGCUCCCCAAAACAUGAAAAAGGCUCACCGGGAUCGAGACCACGAACGAUCCCAUUCCCGUGGAGACCACCACCGCUCGCGCAGUCAUGUAGGGGAGGGCAGCAUUCCGCGACCCGACCCAAAGCGGAAGCACAGCGGCGAGGUUGACGAACGGAGGCACAAGCAGCGACGCGUUGAGGAGCAUCGCCGUACUGAAGACACCCGUCAGCAGCUUGAGGAGGAAGAAGAUGACAGGAGGAACGCACCUGUCAUUGAGGCACUCAUGCAGCCCAUUUGGCCACACGUUGAGCGCGUUGGGUCGUGCACCAAAGCUAAUAUCCCGGUCGCGAAGGCUCGAGCUAAGGUCUUGAAGGCUCAGAUCACGGCAAUUGGCGAUUUUAUUGAAGGCCUGCACAAGACAUCAGGAUUGGACCGCGAGAAGCUUGCAGAACUCAAGCCCAAGUUAUGGCGGUUCAUUUCGAAGAGGAUUCCCCCCUCGGAGAAGGAGAAACACGGCAAGGACAACCCGGAUCCUAUUCGGAUGACCGGCCCACGUCUCGCCCGUCUUUACGACCAACUGAAAGCACAACAACUGAAGGAGGCUGAAGAUAUGAAGCAGAACAACGGCGACGCUCAGAAAACGAAGAGUUCCGACCUGGUUGUGAUGAAUGGCUCUUCUCGCGCUGAUUCCUCCAUGUCCAAACACUAA